AUCCACUCAUACACAGAAGACGACGUACAUGAUGGACCGUUACUACUCGAGCAAGAUCUGAAUGAUUGCCUGUCUCUCGCUACCGAAAGAUCAAGGCUUGACAGUUCUGCCUCCACUCUACCACCCCUUCACCCGUGAACCGACCUGACCGUCACCGAACCUUUGCAACAUGGACGACCCAGGCCUUAGCUGGCCUGCGUGGAAGUUUGGGCUGAAGAGGGCUGACCUCUUCACCUCUCUCCACGACCAGUACAAUACUUUUACCUUCACCCUCCAAGACCCCGAGGCCUUCCACGCCGAUGUGUCCGAGAUCUCGCACGAUGCCCAGACGACCGAGGAGUUCCACCGCAUGAUGGCCGAUCGACGACAGCAGCGCCUCCUCGAACUGAACGAGUCUUUGGAGUCUCUAGCCUACGAAAUCAUCGGCAACCCCAAGCUGAUGGACUCGGAGCACUGGACGUUUGCCCUGCAGCUCUUCCGCACGAAGUCGUUCGACUCACUUGUACGAUACUUCGCCAGCUACAUACCGAGCGGACUACACGGUGCCCAGGAGGCACGCUCGAACCACUCCUCUUAUUCCGAAGCAUCGAGUGUCUCGUCUACCAGCACCGACGCCAGCAGUGUCGACGAUACCACCCACUCCGACGACGUUUUCUGCACGGGUCCCGUCAUGACCGAAGAGCCGUCUCAUCUCGAUUCCGCACAAUACACACGACCUGGCGUUGACGCUCCUCUCUCGCCUCCCGAAUCCGAAGCCACGACUUGCGCGUUCGUCGACGAUGACGACGAAGCGGUCUUGUGCUGCGAUUCUACAUAUGCACGCUCGCGGUCCAUGUCGUUCUCUGGCUCAGAAUCGUGCCUUCUCGAUUUCAGUCGACCUAUCCUCCACGAUGACGAUGAAGAUCACGAUCAUACCUCGCAGUCUGGCAGUGACAACACUGCCCCAACGUCCGUAUCGGACGGCGAAGAGGUUCGCUCGUCGAUUGAUUCUGUGGAUGGUAAAGAACUCCAUUACUCUCACUUUGAAGAUGAAGAGGAUGAUGAACUUCUUACCGCACAGUUCCCCGAAGAUGCCUUUGACGUCUACGACGCGGAACAAUACAUCUCUGAAAAUACCCCCACCGAGUCCGACACCCCUACACCGAGACAGGAUGGUGUGUCGACCAACUCGUAUAUCGACUACAAGUCGCUCCUCAGCCGCCGGCUUCCUUCGCCUCACCGACAGACGCGACGCUCACCGUCGCCGUCAUCGAGAGCACACCGAGAUGUGGGGUCGUCCCCACAUGAGGUGCGGAGGAGCCCAGACGAGGCACACAGCAAGAUCCAGAAACCGGUCCCCGAUUCCAUGCGGAGAAGAGUCAAGGGAAGGACAUGAUGGCCGGGAAUAUCUGUACAUAUGUGAUCUUACUGUACUUAUCACGAUACUAAUGAUACCAAAACAUGAAAGCACACGAUAGCCUCACGUCGCGUAGUCCGGUCGUGCUUCUACUCAGCUGUGAGUGUUCAUGAUCACGCAGUACUAAUCACGGCGAGCAAUCAUUCAACCAACUCUCAGAGCAAGAGUCACGCCAAUAUGACUUCUUGUUAAGACU